AUGCCUGAAGCUUCAAAUUCGAAUGCCAAGUCUCACGAUGAGCAAUUUCGUGAUAAAGACAAACCGGCGCAAAUCCGUGACAGUAACAUUGUCGCCGCCAAAGCCAUUGCUGACGCCAUCAGGACUAGUCUUGGGCCCCGAGGAAUGGAUAAAAUGAUUCGUAGUGGAAAUGGAGAUGUAACUAUCACAAAUGAUGGUGCCACAAUUCUUAAACAGAUGCAAGUUCUCCAUCCAGCAGCGAAAAUGCUGGUAGAGCUAUCCAAAGCUCAAGACAUUGAAGCUGGCGAUGGUACAACCUCAGUUGUGGUUAUGGCAGGCAGCUUGCUAAAUGCUAGCUCACAAUUAUUAGCUAAGGGAAUCCACCCAACAACCAUAGCAGAUGCUUUCCAGGUUGCAGCGCGUGGUGCUGUGGAUCUAUUGAAAAAAUUGGCGACUCCAGUCGAUUUGAGCGAUCGGGAAUCAUUGCUAAAGAGCGCCUCAACAUCAUUAAAUUCUAAAGUUGUUUCUCAGUACUCCAAUUUAUUAGCUCCUAUUUCAGUAGAUUCUGUAUUGCGUGUGAUCGACCCUAAGACUGCGUCUAACGUUGAUUUAAGGGACAUCAAAUUGGUCAGAUUGCUUGGGUAA